AUGACCAAUCUCAAGAAAUUAAACGCUCAAUAUAUUGCAUAUAUCAUCAAGUAUCCAUUAUUGACCAAAUCCGUUACCGCGGGCGUGUUUUCGGGUUUGAAUGAAACAGUAUCAUCUGUGUUGACCAAUGAGUUUAAAGAAACCAACAUUGCAGGUAUAAAAAUCAAACACGUGUUUAGUGAAAAAUUGUUAACCAUGAUUAUCUAUGGAAGUUGUAUUGCUACUCCAAUCAGUCACUUUAUGUAUCAGAUCAUCAACACUAAACUUUUUAAAGGUCCGUUAUCAAGCAAGGGUAAGAUUCUUCAAAUCUUGACUUCAUUAUUUACAGUUACUCCCACACUUUCUGCGUGUUUUGUCUCCUGGAUUGCUUUAAUCAACAACUAUAAGUUUCCAAAAGACCAGUUUAAUAUCGCCGCUGAGUUGAAGAGAAUUAUUGCUAUAAUCAAAGGCGGUUUGAAGAAAGGGUAUCUCCCGGUGUUGAAAAGUUCCUUGGUGGUUUCAUCAUGUGCCUUGGUGGUAGCUCAAAAAUUUGUUCCACCUGAACUCUGGGUUGUCUUCUUCAACUUGGUGUACUUCUUUUUGGGAACGUAUCAAAAUACCAAAUUAAAGAGAUUACAGAAACAACAAAGGUUAUUAAAGAAAGAUGAAUAG